AUAAAAAGGACGCUCUUGGACCAGAGCUGCCAGACCAGCAGGACAGCCCACUCAGCUCCUCACUGUGCACUACAGGGUCCUAGUUAUUUUUAACAGUUUAGAAAGGUUCGAAUCAACUUGGCUGUCCACCAUGUCUUACCGUGGGAAAAAAAGAAGGGGUGAACAAAGACGUUACGGCUUCUUCCAUUGUGACAUCUGUGACCUAGACUGGGAGAGCUCUCAUGUCUACGUCGCUUACGGCACAGAUGACGCACUGUACGAACAGGAGUGCAAGAACUGUGGCACGGCCUAUUACCCCGACUAUGUGGAGCGACUCCGCUGCCGCGACUGCCAGGAGGUUGACUGCACUUGCUCCGAUAAGGAACGCCACGUGGACCCCUUCAAGCCUCACCUUGAAGAGCACUGCCUCCGGUGCCGCUCUGGGCGCAGAUGCGUCCCGAAGCGCUACCGCUGACGUCAUCAGUGCUGUCCUGCAGGCUGCUGGCAUAAACCCUCGUUUGUCAUCGACACUCUUUAAUAGACGUUUCCUAACAAGUUGUUUGUGUUAACGAAUAAUUAGUACUUUUUUAUGUGGUUUUUUUUUUUCAAACCAGACAAUAUUUUAAUUUUUACAGCUUCAUAGUAGGCGCUUUAUUCUUCGUUCUGAAAACUUCUUUUUAUAUUAUUGUAAUAAUGAAUAAGGAAAAUUUCGUGUUGUUUUCAACCCAAACAAAAAUAAUUCUAUUUCUGUAAGGCUUCAUAGCUGCUACUAACUUUUCUCAUUACACUUAUUAAAUGAAUGUAAAAACGAACAAUAAACUGUGUUUUAUUAUC